CUAUAUUUGAAAAUAUUGAAAGAAUGUUAAUUAUUGGAUUUGACUAAGAACUGUGGCACAUGAAUUUUUCACCUCCUUUUCUUAAUAUAGUGUAAAGCACUGAAGAAGGCAUUCAAAGAGAAAGUAUAGAACUACCCUAGUUCACUAAGCAGUCAUCUAGGACUUGGGAAUGUGGAAUUUGUCAAGUAUAUUCUAAUAAAUUUUCUGGUGUCAGCAAAUAUCAAAACUGAGGAGAAAAUGUAAAGAUGAAGAAACUAAAGUACCAAGAAGUUAAGUGACUGGAGAUUAUACCUUCAAGUGGAAUCUCAAGUUAUUAUUAACAAAGAUGUUCACUGAGAGUCAUCUGAGUCACCCUACUGGAUAUCAGUUUAUAUCCAUGAAGGACAUGGUCCAAAUAUAACAACCUAAGCCUGGAUUUUAGGCUAUGGACAACUGGUUUUUAUCACAUUAAGCAGCUAAUAAAUUAGGAGCUGGCUGCAUUAACUAGAACUGGAAGAUAUCACACUUUCUCUUAUCAUGAAAACAUUAUUUGAGAGAAGAUUAUUACUACAUGUUGUGCAACCAUUACAUCUCACAUCAUGGCUACUUGUAUCAUUUAUUUUGAAACCUAUUGCCUCUUUAAAACCUGCCCGACUUCCAAUUUAUCAAAGGAAACCUUUUAUAGCUGCUUGGAAUGCCCCAACAGAUCAGUGCUCAACAAGGUAUAAUAUAAUACUGAAUUUAAAAAUGUUUCACGUCAUUGGCAGCCCAUUGGCCAAAGCAAGAGGGCAAAAUGUUACCAUAUUCUAUGUCAAUAGAUUGGGUUAUUAUCCCUGGUACACAUCAGAAGGAAUUCCUAUUAAUGGGGGACUUCCCCAAAACAUUAGUUUGCAAACCCAUCUGGAAAAAGCUGGCCAAGACAUCAAUUAUUAUAUUCCAGCUGAGGAUUUCAGUGGACUUGCUGUUAUAGACUGGGAGUACUGGAGGCCUCAAUGGGCACGGAACUGGAACACAAAAGAUGUAUAUAGACAGAAGUCAAGAAAACUAAUUUCGGAAGUAAAAGUGAAUAUGUCAGCCAGUGAUAUUGAAAAUUUAGCUAAAAUUUCUUUUGAAGAAAGUGCAAAGGCUUUCAUGAAGGAAACUAUCCAGCUGGGACUUAGGAACCGUCCCAGGGGCCUUUGGGGUUACUAUUUAUAUCCUGAUUGUCACAAUUACAAUAUUUAUGAUCAAAAUUAUACUGGCUCAUGCCCAGAGGAUGAAGUUUUGAGGAACAACGAGCUUUCCUGGCUUUGGAACAGCAGUGCAGCUUUAUAUCCUUCCAUUGGAGUCAAGAAAUCCCUUGGGAACAGUAAAAACAUCUUACGUUUCUCCCAAUUUAGAAUAAAUGAAUCAAUGAGGAUUUCUACUAUGACAUCUCAUGAUUAUGCUCUGCCUAUAUUUGUCUAUACAAGGUUAGGAUACAGAGAUGAGCCCUUAUAUUUUCUUUCCAAGCAAGACCUAAUUAGUACCAUAGGAGAAAGUGCUGCCUUGGGAGCUGCAGGCAUUGUUAUUUGGGGAGAUAUGAAUUUAACUUCAUCUGAGGGCAAUUGUACAAAGGUGAAACAGUUUGUUAUGUCUGAUCUAGGGAGCUACAUCAUUAAUGUGACCAAAGCAGCUGAAGUAUGCAGCAGACACCUGUGUCAGAAUAAUGGAAGAUGCAUAAGAAAAAUCUGGAAAGCGACUGAUUACCUCCACCUGAACCCUGAAAGCUGCCAGAUUGAGGCCUCUGAGGAUGGAGAUUUUUUUGUGAGAGGACAACCAUCUGAUUCUGACUUGAAAGUGAUGGCAGAGAAAUUUUCUUGUCACUGUUAUAAGGGAUACAGGGGAAGUGAUUGCAGGGAAAUUAAGACAUCUGACAACCACUCCCGGGCUUCUCUUUCCUCUGAAUCAAGGACAGUAUGGUGUCUAUUAGUGUUAGUCUGUUAUCUGAACUUUCAGCACUAAAAUAAGUGAGUUUGAAAAGUGUACUUGAAAAGUACAUCCAGUCUCUAGAGCAAUCACAGAAGAAAAAGAAUACAAUUAUGAUAAUUUCCACCCUAUUAAAAUCAGUUGAAAUGAUAGCAGGGUAAUAAUAGCUGAAAUUUUUAUAGCUUCAAAAUUUUUUCCCUUGAGCACUUGAUAUGAAUUAUACCAUUUCAUUUUUAAAACAAUCAUGAGAGGUGAGUUCUAGUGGCAUUGGGAUAGAUCUGUGAUUUCAUUGGUAUAGGGAACUCCCAAGGGAUAAUCUCACUUGACCAAUAUAGAGAGAUACUUUGUAAAUAACUUAAAAUCUUAAAGAUCUGGCUAGGGAGGAGGAAGUAGGGAUCAAGUAACCUUAAUCAUGAAGAACCAGACUCAAGUCCUCCCAUAGUACAUAAUAAUUUGUGUAACCUUGAGCAAAUCACUUAAUAUCUCACCAGUAUUAUUAAUCUCAUUUUAUAGAUGGGGAAAUAUAUAGUUUUAUUUGGGCUUGAUAGGUUCUAGAUACCAAAACAGGGGUAAAAGCAGUGCCAUAUUUUUCUUAAAUAGUCUUUUUUAUGUUUUAAGGAUUUAAAUUUUGUUCAACUCCUGUAGUUUAUAGUUGAAAACACUGAAGUCCAGAGAAAUGACAUGAUUGCCGUUUUUAAAAGCCUCAGGAUCUUUUAAAAAAAUUUCUUAGUAAAAUUCAGGAUUUAAGGCACAUAAUCAAUAUUCAUUGGGAGUUUUCCUAGUUAUAAUUGAUUGAUAUCGUAACAAAGACUAUAACAAGGACACACACCAAAAUUUGACAUAAUCAUUUGGGUAUCUUUUGUCUUGAUUUGGGACACAUGAAAACACAUGCAAAACACUGGAUCUAUCAGGCCUACAGAAAUUGAGUAUCUCUGGAACACUGGGGAUAUUUUAUACUUUACAAAUGUGAAAAGUAGGGAAGCUUGAUUCCAACUACUUAUGAAUAUCCCAGACUGAAGCAAAAUAAUGAUGUACAUACCAGGGGAUACAACUCUUUGGAGUCACAUGGAAAGAUUCAUCAUUCAGUUUGGCUAUUUUUUUUUUUUAAUAUAUCCUCCUGUGGCAAAGGACCUACUAUUAUGAGAUUCCCUCAGAUGUUAAUAACUUUUACCAGUUGAAUUCUUCAAGAUAUAACAAGAGAGAACCACCAAUUCAAUAUUACUUAUUUUUAGGCUUGUAUCACUUCUCUAAGUUGAAUUUCCUGAGAUAAUAGGAGAAUAACUUCCUACUGUUUUUAAAAUAAAAGAAACAAACAGAUAGGGAUGAAUUAUACUAGAGUUUGGAUUACAGAGGUUGGUCCCUUUCUUAUUUACUACUUCCUUCUAUUACCAUUGAAGCUGCUUUCCUGAUAUAAAUUUUUAAUUUUAUAUUGGAAGUUUAGUGUUUCAAUAUGCCAAAUUCUACUUUGAAGCUAAUUUUUUGGGAUGGCAUCUUUUCCACAUAUGGUGAUGCUUUAUUGCCUUUGUCAUACUGCCAUGAGUUCUUACCAUAGAAAUAUUAGCUAUAACAAUAAGACAGCAAUGAGAAAUAAGAGGAAUUAACAUCCUAAAAUAUGAAGCAAAAU